AUGGAUCGGGAGGCGCUGAUACAUUUUGUUGGCGGAGCGGUUGGCGGGACCGCAGGCACCGCAUUGACCUGCCCCUUGGAGGUGGUGAAAACGCGCUUGCAAAGCAGCAGAGCCCUGUCCGACUUCUCUGGCGGGCCUUCCACGUCAGGGAGCUCACAGCCAACUGGCGGCGGUGCGACGGGUCCACCAACAUCGGCCCCGCCGGGCAAGCCUGGGAAUGGCGGAAAUGCCUUCAAGCACAUCUUGGGGCAUUUUCUGCGCCGCCCUGCGAACCUCCCGUCACUUUACAACUUGAAUCUGCAAGCAGGAUGCUACCUCCCGAAUAUGGUGCUGGUGCGCAAUGUACAUACCCAGGAAAGUCGGCGAGUCGCACGGAUGUCGUUAUUUCGUUAUUUUAAGCAUGUAAUAGCGACGGAGGGCGUUGGCGCGCUAUACAAGGGCCUUGUUCCGAAUUUGAUAGGCGUCGCUCCAUCCAAAGCCGUUUACUUCUAUACUUACUCAUCGUCGAAGCGUUUUUGGAAUGAAACUGAUGUUUUUGUGCCCAAUUCAGCGAUUGUACAUAUGUUGUCGGCUGGAACAGGAGGGAUGGUUGCUGCGACUGUCGUGAAUCCGAUCUGGUUGGUGAAGACACGGCUACAGCUGUACCAGGGCAAGAUGAGCAUUAUGGGCAUGAUUCGUCGUGUCCGCGAGCGGGAAGGGAUGCGUGGCUUUUAUCGAGGUGUGACGGCUUCGUACGCCGGUGUCUCGGAGACGAUGAUUCAAUUCGUCCUCUACGAGCAUCUGCGUCAGAUGUUGCUCGAAUGGCAUGGGCAACAAGAAGAUAGUGAUCGCCGCAAACUCGAUUUCCUCAACUUUAUGGUGGCUGGAGGAACGGCCAAAUUUGUGGCUUGUGUGAUCGCGUAUCCACAUGAAGUCGUCCGAACGCGUCUUCGUGAAGAGAGCAGCAAUCGCCGCGGCUUCUUCGGCACCCUCCAUCAGCUGUAUCUGGAGGGAUGGCGUGCAAUGUAUCGAGGGCUCUCUGUUCAGUUGUUGCGCACCGUGCCGUCGACCGCCAUCACGAUGAGCACCUAUGAAAUGGUUGUCUACCUCCUCCAUCAAUUG